AUGCCUAAAAGAUCAUCUGCUGUGGUUGAUGCCACUGCAUCACAACCUCAGGCCAAGCGGGCCAAGAAAGAAACCACAACUACAGAAGAUGCGCCGCAACCUGUGGAAACGCCUUCGAAGAAACGCGGUCGACCGCGAAAGGAGUCUUUAGCUGCGGGUGAUGUUCCAUUACCAUCGGCGAAGAGGAGAGGCCGCCCUGCAAAGGAUUCAUCGGUCUUGCCCAAGGAGAGCGCUAGCUGCGACAGCGGGCAAAAGAGGCCGACCAGCCAAGACAAAGGCUGUAGUCGUCGCCUCAACCGCAAAGAGCGGUUCCCGAAGCGCCAAGUCAUCUCCUCAAAAGAAGACAACAACAAUAUCAUCAUCACUUAA